GCGCCGCAGAAACGCGCAGCCAGGAGGAAGCUGUGUGGGCCGCCGCAGGGAGGGACCGAAGCACAGCAACACGUCCGCCGGGUGGGCUGCGGUGGUGGUCGGACACCGGUUAUCUGUCGACCAGAGGCGGCUGGCUCUGUCCCAGAGCUCGGUAUCGGAGUGUGAAUGAGGUUGAUGCUGCUCUGCUGCACCUGGAAGGACGAACGCAUGGGAGAGGAGGAAGCUGGGGGAAGUUUUCCCGUCUGUGCGGGAUGCAAACAGAGGAUCUACGAUGAGCAGUACCUCCAGGCGCUCAACGCGGACUGGCACACCGUCUGCUUCAGGUGUUGUGAGUGCAGCGCCUCGCUGUCCCACUGGUAUUAUGAAAAAGAGGGACGGCUGUUCUGCAAGAAGGACUACUGGGCAAAAUUUGGGGAGCUGUGCCAUGGCUGCAAUGACCCGAUCACCACCGGCCUCAUCAUGGUCGCAGGAGAACAGAAAUAUCACCCAGAAUGCUUCACCUGUCUGAACUGCAGAGCGUUCAUCGGUGAUGGAGAUACAUACGCUCUGGUGGAGAGAUCCAAACUCUACUGCGGUCACUGUUACUACCAGACCAUCGUCACGCCGGUGCCGGACUCGUCAUGCUCGCGGAUCCCUCACACGGUCACACUCUUGUCCAUCCCAGCCACCGCCGAGGGCAGCAACGGACGCAGAGGGCGAGGUUUCUCUGUGUCCAUCGACCAGCCGCUCAGCCCGACUAAUGGCUACAGCCCUGAACAUGGACCCACGAUCAGAGUCUCCCAGGUGGAUGCAGACUGCAUCAGUCCAGAUGUGAAAAACUCCAUUCAUAUUGGAGAUAGGAUCCUUGAAAUAAAUGGGACGCCCAUUCACAAUGUCCCUCUGGAUGAGAUCGACCUGCUGAUUCAGGAGACGAGCCGGCUGCUGCAGCUCACCAUCGAACACGACCCUCACGGUCAGGGGAGGGAGGGAGGCUCCUCGGAGGCUGAUGAGCAACUGAGCGGCCCCCUGUCCACCCCUCUGUCCGAAGGCCCCAACCCCAUGCUGCCCAUCACACAGCCCCCGAUACCCGACAGCCUGAGAUCCCGCAUCAUCACGAGGAGCUACAGCAUUGAUAAGUCACCAGGCUCCAGCAACGCAGUGUCCCCCAUCUCCCAGAGAAAGGACAUCAAUCGAUCAGAGUCGCUGCGCGUUGUGUCCAAUCAGACGCACCGCAUCUUCCGCCCAUCUGACCUCAUCCAUGGAGAGGUGCUGGGGAAGGGCUGCUUCGGACAGGCCAUCAAGGUGACCCACAAGGAGACAGGGGAGGUGAUGGUGAUGAAGGAGUUAAUUCGCUUUGAUGAUGAGACACAGAGAACAUUCCUGAAAGAGGUGAAGGUCAUGCGUUGCCUGGAUCAUCCCAAUGUGCUCAAGUUCAUUGGAGUUCUCUACAAGGACAAGAGACUUAACUUCAUCGCAGAGUACAUAAAGGGAGGCACCUUGAGGGAGCUCAUCAAGAAAAUGGACAGCAACUAUCCCUGGAACCAGCGGGUCAGUUUUGCCAAGGACAUAGCUGCUGGGAUGACAUAUCUGCAUUCCAUGAACAUAAUCCACCGGGACCUGAACUCACACAACUGUCUAGUACGAGAGAACAACACACUGGUGGUGGCAGACUUCGGGCUGUCUCGGCUCAUGGUGGACGACAAUCACGAGGAGAAGUUGUCGCAGGGUAAACUGCCCGGACUGAAGAAGCCCGACCGCAGAAAGAGGUACACCGUGGUGGGAAACCCGUACUGGAUGGCUCCGGAGAUGAUCCAUGGGAAGAGCUACGAUGAGAGAGUAGACAUCUUUUCCUUUGGUAUCAUGCUCUGCGAGAUAAUUGGCAGGGUGAAUGCAGACCCAGACUACCUCCCCAGGGCGAUGGACUUCGGACUGAACGUGUCUGGCUUCCUGGAGCACUUCUGUCCCCCUGAUUGUCCCCCCGCCUUCUUCCCAAUGGCUGCUGUGUGCUGUGACCUCGAUGCAGACAAACGGCCUGCUUUCUCUAAACUCGAGGAGUGGCUGGAGAACCUGAAGAUGCACUUGGACAUUGGUCUACCACUGGUGUCUAAAGUGGAGCAGAUGCACAAGGCCUUCUGGGAGAACCACAGCAUGCCCCGCCCUGAUAACAGCCUGCACACCCACCCCGAACAGCCGGAGUAGAGCUUAACACGACUGGAGGAGUGGGAAAUUUGAGAUAACCCCGUACAGGCAGCGUACACCUGCCUCAGGCGGGGCAGUGACUGGAGGAGUCGUGUAAACACUCCUCCAUUUUUGAAGCUGCAGGCGGAGGCUGGCUCAGGCUUAAUGAGGAGACUCAGGGGGAAAACAUGGAUCUGAAAAGCCACAUGCGCAAGACGCACACAUUCAAAGUCAAAUCAAGAGACAUUAACUACGAUAGCUUGAUUCUGCUGCACCCAACGCUAAAGUGGAACAUGCCAUAUGCAAUCAGACCCAACAUCAAGUCAUGACUCAACUCUUGAAUCAUUUAGAUUUAACAUUAGUGGUCAUUCCAUUAAGAUUACCUGCGCUAGUGUGUAUAUUCAUGCGGACAAAAUAGUCCAAGAAACAAGGCGUAAGGCAAACCUUCGGCCUCCUCUACAGAGUACAUUGUGCAGUAUGUGUUUGCAGGUGUUUCUAUGUGAGUUUGGUUUGAUUUUGAUUUUGGUUUGGAUAUCAGAACUGAACUUUCAAAGGAGAGGGGCCCGUCUGUCGCUUAAGACACAAAAAUCAAUUUGCUGUCCACUUGUAUAAGUCAAACAAAACCUUUCAAGCUUUAAAUAGUUCACUGAAGAGUGCAUAAGUGUAAAUAAUGCUGUCAUGUCAUAUUUCCUCGUAUCCAUCUGACCUCAUUUGGUCAAAAACUUACGAGACCUACAUGUGUCUGAGGCCCCUCUUCAUCAUUUAUUGUGUAGCAUUGACUUAAAAUUGAGGUACAUAUCUUUUGCAUAAAUCUGGUACGUUAUCUCCCAAUUUUAAGAGCUGUUAGAGUAUCUCAUUGAUACCAGUGUACAUAGCUGGUGACAUUGUAAAUGUUUUAAAUAUUGUAAAUGUACAGACAUAUUUUAUAUACGUAUGCUACAUCGCCAUAUUUUUAUUGGCCGACCAGUUGAAAAUUACGUAAAUUAGGGUUUGACUGCAGUCAAUAGGACACAGCUGAAAGCUUUCUUGUUUUUAGUUUUAGUUUUUUUCUACUUUGUCACCACUGUGGCAGGUUUGGUGCUUUUAGCAUUUGAUAUAAAUCUUAUCUUAUCACCACAAAAUAUCCCCGACUCUCAGUUUAAGCUCAGUAAAUGUUACAUUCUGUCGUUUCCCUCCAUCCAUAAUAGUGUUUCUCAACAUUUGAUUGGUCAACUAAAUCUGCAAUCAUUCUGUUAAUUAUUCACUCUUGUCUCAUCACGUACUGUACAGUAGUGCCAGUACUGCCUCAUCAUGUCAGCUGUCUGUCCACAAAUGUGUCUCUCCUCCUGUCGAUGACCCACUGUCUGUUUACAUGUUAGCUGUAAAUAUCACUGUAUAUACUUGUCUGUCCUUGCAUCUGCUCACUCCUCAGAAAUAAUUUCUUCCACUGUCGGAUUCCUCUCUUGCACCUUCUAAAAUAACCUUUCUGUCUCUAAUCUAAUCUUUCUUUAAUUACAUUCUUUUAUUUCCUGCUGUUGUUUUAACAAGCUGCACGAUGUAAUAGCUAGGUCUGUUCAGCUUCUAAACCAAGAUCUUUUUUCUCUCUAAAUAAUGUAAUUUUAAAUAAGAAAACAAAGAAGAUAAAAAAAGUCAACAGACAAAGUCAAGCUAAAAAGGAAAUGAGAAAAACACACAGCAUCUGUUUUUUAUAUAUAACCACUGAAAUCUUUUUGUAUAGAUUUGAGUACUUUAAUUUGCACUAUAUUACCAAAUGGCUGGUUGAAGCCAUGUUUGUUGAUUUCCUCUCUCGGGCUACUUGUGAUAAGGAAAUAAAUUAUCUCGGUUCAGGUUGAUAUAUGAAUGCAAGACACUGAUAGAGCCUUUCAACUGUAAAAAUGGGAUCUGGGAAAUGUAUCCUCUUGAUAGCAAACCGUUUCUGAUUAUUUAGAUGCAUUUAUGCGCAUGGUUUGACUUUUAAAUACAGUUUUGAAUAAAUACAGCAAGAGCCUGUUUGAUCCCUCUGAGACCUAAAGUCAUAUAUCUAAAGAAAGAAUGACUAUAUUUUACUUUGUAAGCCUUUGGCAGAAGUCUUUGCUACCAAGAGGAUGUCCCAGCUCUGCCUGCUGCCUACAGACUGGUCCUUUGUGAAUGAUGUUCUGUGUUGUUUCUGACUGCUUGGUUUCGUAUGUGAUGCCCACAGAGGUUGCAACCACUGCUAGUCUUUCUGAUAAUAGCUCUGAAAACUGGCCUGUCUCACCUCUCACCUCCUCAUCACACUCUUUUGGCUCAGGGACGUAGUUUUCUGGAGCUUUCUUCACAAUUCAGUUAAUUCAGCAGCUUAAUAGUAAAGCAGCACUCAAUAGCAGCAGUGAGACUCAAAUAGCAUGUAACCUUCUGUCAAUGUGUAGGCUGAAAACACAAAGUAUGCUUCUGCAAAACAAGCCCCUCCUGGUUGAUGUGUUCGUCCGUGGGCAUGUUUCUGUACAUGAGUGGCUUUGCCAUGUUUCUGUCUACAUUUGUGUCCGAGCCAUGUCGAGCAUGUCAGGUGUGUCUGAGAGGACGUGUUGAGGAUCAAUGAGAAUUUUGCUACAGCACUUCUUUGCAAAGGAUCGUUACCUCUGAACAAUGCUGUGCCUUUGUUGUAAGCUAGCCUUGCCAACGACUCGAAAACGUGAACUGAUUUCCUUUUUUAUGUAUCAUAAGUGUAAGCCUGAUUCAAGUGGAUUGAAUAUCAUUGCUGAUAAUAUGUUGUAUGAGAUUUCAUCUUGUUCUGUAUCAUGUUUAUAUUUUCCAGAUCUCCAUUGUUAGUUUUGAUAUUUUAAUAUUAUAUUUCUUUUUUGUCUUAUUUAAUUUUUUUUACACAAGCUGUGAAAACAAUUCUGCACUUUAAUCCUGAACGUGAACAUUUAGACUCUGAGGAGGCGACUGUUUUUUUCCUUUUGUCACAGCUAAAAAUAAAACUGUUGCUUCUAAAACAAACCAGACUCAAUGUAUUUGUACAUUAAUGAUGAGGUCUCUCAGUCACUGUUAGUCUAUUCAUUUUCCCUCUAUCAUUAACCUCCCUCUACAUGUGCACACACAGAAAACAAAGUGUGACAGCUCCAAUAAAAUGUUCAGUUCACACUGGAAGAGCACUGUAUUAUUGCUAGAGAAAAUGUGUGGGCUACAAUAAAGUGGUGCAAAAAUA